AUGCUUAACCAACACAUGGGCGGCAGUGCCUGGCGGCUGCUCAUUUGCGCCGCCUGCCAGGCUGCCGCGGUGACGUGCCCGGCAAAUGAGGGCUCGGAGGCAUGUCGUCUGGUGCCGCCCGCGGCCGGCUACACGCGUCAUGGCAUAACUCUAGACGCGCUCCGGUCGUCGGACUGCGUCGUGGUGACAACGACGAUGCGCCACCCCGGCAGGGGCAUCGAGAUCGCCGCGCAGCUCGCGCGCGCGACGCCCGUCGUCGCCCCAGAUGCCUGCUGCGCGCGCUUUGUGCCUCUGACGUUCUGCCGCGAAGAGGCUCGCUUACUCGAUGCGAACGGCACGUGCAACGUCUCCACGGCGCGCAACACCGGCAAGGAGGCGAUGGGACUGCUGAUCGCGUUCUCGGACGAGGUCCUACGACCGGCGCUGGCGCGGGCGUGCGGCGUCCUCAGCGUCCCCGAGACGGCAAUGGACCGCGUGGGCCGCGACCGCGAGCGCCGGGCGACGCGGAUCGCGCGGACCUUGAGAAGCGGCGUCGCCGUCGGGCCCUACUGGAGCGGCGGGGCGUUCCGCCAGCAUGGUCAAUUCCACUGGAGGCCGCCGCUCACGUACAAGGCGUGGACGCUCGACCCGGCGUCGCCGGCCACCCUGGGAGAGUGGGGCCGCGCGGUCCUGCCGCCGGACGCCGUGGCGCGGGCCGCCCGGGGCAACUGGAGCACCGAGUGGUCCAAAGGCGUCUUCUUCGUCAACGCGACGGCCGCGCGCCGCUACGCGGCCCCGACCUACGUCCGCUUCAUGCGGGAGCUCGCUUUUCCGCACCCGGCCGCGGGCCACUUCCUGGAGCGUCUCUGGCGGGCCCUCUACGGGGCCGAGAGCGCGGCGGCGGCGCGCGUCGCCGAGGAUCGACCCGUCAUCGGCGCCUCCCGCGCGCUCGGAGCGGGCACUGACUGGUGGGCGAACCUGUCGACGCCGGCGGCCGCGCGCUACCAGUACGGCGGCGAUCACGCCAGCGCCUGCGCGGACGCGCGCGCGCGGCAGCGCGCGUGGCGCAGUGCGUACGAGCACGCGGGGUGGGUCGCCGACGCGCCGGACCUCGGCGUGUGCGAGCCGCGCGGCGCGCCGUGCGUCGAGGAUAGCCUCUCUGGCUGCUGCGACCGCGGGCCGGUCCCCGGGCCGGCGCCGCCGCGGGCAGGUUCCUUCGUCGCGGUGUCGCUCGCGUCGUCCGAGGCGCCCUGCGCAGUGCGGCAGAGCGUGGUCGACGUGCUCGCCGUCGCGGUGCCGGCGACGCUGGUCGUCAUCCACGUCGGCUGCUACUCGCCGGCGUCGCCCGCGGACCGCGUGGCGCUCGCCGACGCGUUCCCCGGUCGCGCCGUCCUGAACCCCGCCUGCGUGCCGACGCUCCGCGCCUACGGCAGCAUUCUCCACGCGCACCUCCGCAACGUCAAGUUUUUGGCGGCGCUCUACGGGUCGAGCGGUCCGUCCCACGUGAUCCUCGCGGCGGCGAACCUCGCGUGGCGCGCGCGGGGCUUCGAGGCGUUCGCGGUGCGAACGGGGGCGUCGGCGCUCGCCGCCCCUGCCUUCCGGCGCCUCGACCGGAACCGGACGUUCGACGCCGCCGACGGCGACUGGGCGCGCCUCAACCGGACGCGGGCCGGGGACGGCGUGCUCGUGCAGAAGCACGAGGGCGCGUUCUAUCCCUUUGCCGUGCUCGAGCGGAUGGUCGCGUUCCUCGAGGCCGCGGGCCCCCUCGGGCGCCUGAACGCGCGGACGUGCCUCGGCUGCGCCGCGCUGCCCGGGCUCUGCGUCGAGGAGCUCUACCCGGCGAACCUCUACCGCCUCCUGACGGGCGCCGGUGGCGCGCCGUGCGCCGCCGACGACGCGUGCCGCCCCUGGGACGGCACGCUCGCCGCGCGCGCGGACCACCUCCGCCCGGGCGACCUCGGCGCGACGAAGUUCGCCGUCAAGGACUGGCGUCACCGCGGCUGCGACGGGGCGCCCGAACCGGACGCCGCAGGCCCCGCGGCCCCGCCGCCGGUGUCAGCGUUCGACUGCGCGUCCGACGACGACUGCGACGCGGCGCGGCGUGAGCGUUGCGUCGGCCGGGGCGAAGGCCCGGGCGCGGCGUGGCCGGGGCAGUGCGUCGUCGAGGCCCCGCCGGCGCCCUGGGCCUUCACGUGCGCCUACGCCUACCCGGCGGUCGGAGGCGCCGUCGCGGGCGCGCCCGUGGUGCCCGACGGCGCGCCGUGCCUGACGCUCGUCGUCGACGCCGCGCCGCCGCGCGUCGCCGCCGCGCCGGCGGUCGCAGUCCUCGUGGUCGGGCUUGCGGAGGGCCUCGACCGGCCCCAAGUUUACGAGAGGAUGCGGAGCUGCUUCCUCCGGAACUUGGGGCGCCACGACGUCUUCGUGAACCUCGAGCUCGCCGCGGACCCCAAGACGCUCAUGGCGGACGCGCGCUGGAACCACGCGGGCCGCGCCGUCGGCGCGCGGGACGUGGCGCCGGCGCUCGCGGCGCUGCGGCCGCGCCUCGUGACGCUCGGCGAGCCGCGCAUCGAGGGCUUCGCGGACGGCGGCAACGCGUGGAACCGAAGCGACUGGUACUCGGGCACGCGGCACGACACGCACUGCGGCGGCCGGGCGUGGAAGGUGGACCUCCACUACGGCGCGGGCCGCGCGGUCCGUAUCUACGACCGGUACCGCCGGGCCAUGCUCCUGGUCAACGCCGCCGAGCGCGCGGACGGGCGCCGCUACGACUGGGUCGCCAAGCUGCGACCGGACCUCUUCUUCGCCGCACCCGUCGGCUUCGCGGACGUCUUCGGGGACGCGGGCGCCAACGUCGCGGUCCGCUGGGCGUGGUUCAACGCGGUGUCGCGCGACGCCGCGACGGCGGGUUUCGUGGACGGCGCGCUCACCUACUGGCGCUGCGCCGGCGUCGAGGGCCUGCCUGGCCACACGACCGUCAAGGACGAAACGUGGCUCGCCGAGUCGCUCCGGCGCGGCGGCGCGCCGAUCAGGCACGGCGGCGCGGAGCUUCGGGCCGCGAUCUGCCUGCUCCGCGCGACGCCCGAUGACGACUCGCUCUGCGCCGCCCGCCGCCGCGCGAAUUCUUCGGCGAUAUCCGCGUGCCCCGCAAACACGCGCUCGUAG